UCUCUCUCUCUCUCUUUUCCCUCUCUCGUGCGCGCGCACACGCGCGGACGCACAUAUAGCUGGAUCCCCGGCGGAGACGCGGACAGUGAAGAGCGGAGCGCGCACCGGACCGGCUUGUCAACUUGUCCACUUGGUUAUUUUCGCCCCACCACCACCACACCACACAAACACACACACACACACACACACACACGCAUCCUCUGCAACACACAGACUCCUCCGGCUCUCAUCCACACACACACACAGAGCCUCAGUCUGCUCGUCAUCGUCUGUACUACACUCCGGAGACUGCGGAUUUUAUCCCUGGUCCUUUCCCGUGGAUACAGAGAGCGCGCGCGCCGCUUCCCGGGACUCUGCUCUGUAUUUGUUUCCAUAGAGAGGAAAUUAAAAACAAAUAUCCACGUCUCUCCGUGUGUCGGUGCUGCUUUCUCCUCUGCGCUCCCUGCACCGGUCAGACUUGGAAAGAGCAACAGCCUCCGCCGGCGCGUCAGUGAGGUAGAGAAGCCCUACAUCAAGCUGCAGGCAUGGACGAGAUGGACCUGCCCCAGAUGAAGAAGGAGGUGGAGAGCCUCAAGUACCAGCUGGCCUUCAAACGAGAGAAGUCCUCCAAAACCGUGACUGAUUUGGUAAAGUGGAUCGAGGACGGCGUUCCGGAGGAUCCCUUUUUGAAUCCCGAGCUGAUGAAGAACAACCCGUGGGUGGAGAAAGGAAAAUGCAUCCUUCUCUAGAUGAAACCACUGACCCUGCCAUGAGUGUGCAACUGUAACCAUGCUGACCGACACACACCUACAGACGACUCCUGAACCUGACCCUUACUCGCCUGUGAAGGCCAUAGCAGGACAGCGCCUCCUAACCUCUCACCUUGAAUGUACAACCACUGAUAUGUAAAACCCCCCUCGACCUUAACCCUCCUGUUAAUGCACGCACGCACACACAUGCACCUGACUGCCACACCUUUUACUGCAAGUUUACUCGUGCCACGGUACUCCCAACACUUUAUAUGAAAACAUGUAUUUAUGCCACUGUCAGUCACAAGCCGCUUUCUCUUCUCUUUGACUCUUCAUCUCUUCUGAGCGCCACUCUUUGCGUCACCCUCGUACGAAAUGAUCACCCGCCGUUAAACGAAAACACGUUUUUAGACUAUUCCGUAAGAAUUUGGAAUCAUUUGAAAUACUAAACUAUGGGUUUAGAUGCGUCUGCAUUUGCCAGAUCACAAAUCACAAAUGCGACGUGAUAAUCACCGUUGCUUCUAGGGGCGUCAGUAACAGAUUAAACUGCAUGGUGAACCUUAUUUAUGGUACACGGCACCUUCUACUCAAUCAGACGCCAAUCCAUUUUAAAAUCACCACUUGUAUUUGAUUAAAUUUGAACACUAUACAUAUCCUACAAUCAUGUAAUGAGUUAGUACAGAUGCCAUUUUUAUGUGUUUCCAAGCCAUUUUUCAUUCAGCACGAUACAUGUUAUACACAUGUUAUAAUAACUGUCCA